UUCUAUCGCCUUCGUCGCGCCAUGCUCGGCGACGCUGCGAGACAGGAUGCCCUCGACUUCGACGCGGGUAUGAAGUACAACCCGGACUACAACUUUCUGCUCACGCCCUUUGUGCUCUACGGCCUGCCAGCGUGCUACCUCGUUGCAGCCAUCAGCGGCCACUUCCUGAUGCGCAACGCGGCGACGCCUUCGUGGGUGAAGCCGGCGAUGCAGCUGUACAACAUUGCGCAGGUGGUGCUGUGCACGUACAUGGCGGUCGGCAUGUGGCCUGCCACCUUCCCCAACUUCCCGAACGUGUUCGGGAUCGGGACCGAGUACUCUGCCGCCGGCGAGUGGUUCAUCCUCGUCCACUUCCUCUCCAAGUUCAUGGACUGGUGCGACACGCUGUGGAUGAUCCUGAAGAAGAAGUCGUCGGUGCAGAUGUCGUUCCUGCACCUCUACCACCACGCCACGAUCGGGGUGGUGUGGGGCUUCCUCCUAUCCCUCGGCCACGGCAACGGCACGGCGCAGUACGGCGCCUUCAUCAACAGCGUCACGCACGUCAUCAUGUACACGCACUACUUUGUGACGGGCCUCGGCAUCAACAACCCGCUCAAGAACUGGGUGACCACGUGGCAAAUCACCCAGUUCUACUCGUGCUUCCUGCACGCCCUCUGCGUGCUCUUCUUCCUCCCGUCUAUGGAGGUCCACUUCCCGCGCCAGCUCGGCUGGCUGCAGUUCUGCUACCACCUCACGAUGAUCUACCUCUUCACCUUCCAGCUGCGCUGGGUGCCAUCCUUCCUCAAGACGGGCGACGAGCUCGCAAAGGAGGCCGCCGCAGCGAAGAAGAAGAGGACCGCCAAGGCGCACUAGCCGGAUCACCGCUGUCCGCGCCCCGCGCCCGUCGUGCUUCGCUCGCGCUAGCCCACAACAGAAGAGAAAACGACCAGCUCUGCUGUGCACACAGCGCCGCGGUACUGCGCGCUGGAGGGGUUUAUCGUUUGCAUGGUCCAGUACUUCAGGGGACGUGUAAUAAAUUAUCGGAUAUCGC